AACUCAUAAAUAUUUUUAUUAACGCAAUACGUGUGACACGAAGUGUUACAAAUAUUGGUUAAAACUUACAAUGGUUGGUUUUCCAAAGAAAACACUAUUUUACAUCUAUAUUAUCCGUUUUUAAUUUUGGGGCCUCGGAGCGAAAUAUCGUUCGAGUUUAUGUGCCGCCCUCUGGAGACAACUGUUAAAACCUACUGAAGCACAUUUCUAUAGGGCGUUUAACGCGGUAUCGCCAGGUGGCGCUCGCGGGUGCGAUUCCAUACGGCACCGGGUGGUCGAUUUAAAAGGAAUGUUGUGGUAGAGCAACGGAAAUUUGUUUAUAACCUACAAUUCCGAGACGUUGCAACAACAGUGUGGGUUCGCGAGUGCCGGUGUGAUAUUUCGAAAACAAAAUGCGUCCCUGUGUGUUAAGUGUUAAUAAUUGAAAUCGUUCGGGUUGCUCCCUGAAUGCCCGUAAUUCCAAACGGCAAUUAACGGUUUUUAACCUCUGUUGUUGGCGCUGCCUGCUGGUCAGGAGGAACAGGAGAAGGGCCUUUGUUGAAGCCGUAGAUAAAGCAGCAGAUAGUUAUUAGCAAUUUUGGUAGCAGUAACGGCCAAACUUAACAUGUCUCGUCCCAGAUCAAUUAGCGGCGGCGGGAGUGUAUUCCGCAGGGGCGCCAGCCUGGGGGACUUGCUGGUAACGAGGCCCUCGGGAUUAAUCGAACACGAAUCAUGGGCCGUCCUCUGCCAGGCCGUGCAGGCUCUUCAAGAUUUAUUCCUCUCAGAUGGCGCCUCGCGGGGCAACUGCAUCCCCCUGGUAACUCCGUCAACGUUGGUGCUAUCCUCGAGGGGCAGGGUGAGGAUGUCCCAAAGUCACUCGUUUCUGGGGUGCGGACCUCCCCCUCAUCUGGCAGGUUAUUUGGCGCCAGAGUAUAGAACGAACAAGAAUUACAGCGACAUGGAGUUUGAGAAGAUGUGGAUAUACGCUUUGGGCGAAACCCUGAAGAGAGCGACGUUAACUAGCCACGCCGCCACGUCCCGCCUGAGCACUGAACUGUGUCAAGUGCUGACCGAUAUGACCAGAAGUCAGCCUUUGGCCAGGGCAUCGUUGAUGCAUCUCUUGGACGUGAUAUCGGAAUACUGCAAAAGGAAGCAGCAAAAUAGGCCGUUCUCUCACAUAGUGAUGGACUUGCAUCAGGAAGCGUCGGCCGCCAUGGAAGAUUCCAUGGAUGCCCAUUGGGGACCGCCCGCCAUGCCAGAACUAGUACCACGUACCCGUAACAGGUCUGAAUCGACGACGGACGGUUUCGGGACGGUCCCGAGACGAUGGAUGGGUCUCUCGAAAGCGAACCAGCAUCGAAACUUUCCGAAACUCACCAGGGAGGCGAGCACCAGCAUGGAGGAUCUCGAUAUCCCCCCUAAUUUCCCCAACAUGCCCGGCAGCGUGAUCCGACCUAAGAGCAUGUGCGUUCCGAACGCGACGUUCUACCACAAAGAAGACAAUAAUUUUUACUCUGACGUCGACUAUGACGACGUGGUCCGAUUUGGUCAUCAAAGAGACGCGGUGGCGCGGCCUGAAGAAGCUAAACCCUCGCAGGCCGGAUGUAGAAGACUACGAGUGAGGAGGAACCCAGUUCAGCGUUCCGCCUCUAGACUCUAUAGGGCGGCCAUAGACGCGCCCUUAGACGCGGCCGAAGGAAUCCGGGAUUGCGUGGGUCCCGAGUUCGUGGUCAGGGCUUCGCUGCCCAACAAAAAGUUCGUCAUGUCCGAUGCGAAGGGGUCGAAAAAAACCGUGACGGUUAUCAUGCUGGACGGCCAAAAGGUGGACGUGGUCUGCAGUCCCAAUUCCACCACGGCCGGUCAGCUCUUCGAGACGAUCAUUCAAAAGGAGCACAUCGAAGAGAACUUCAUGCUUGGAUUAUCCGCGCUGAUCGCCGGAGAUUUCGUCUUUCUGCCAUCAGAUACACGUAUCUGCAAGGUGAUCCAACCCGGUAGUAACCCGGAGGUAAACCUGACGCUGUUCCUGAGGGUGCGGUUCUUCUUGCCUAGCCUGAGAGGGAUCAGGGGGAGCCAAGCUCGGCACCUGCUCUACCUCCAGCUGAGGAGGUCUAUAUUGGAGCACCAGCUCCCGUGUUCGUUUUCCCAGAUCAUAGAGCUGAACGGGUUGGCCCUGCAGGCGGAAUUCGGAAAUUAUACGGAAAAGGAACACGGGACCAGGGACUAUUUUUUGCUAGACCAUUACGUGCCGGAAACCAUGGCCUGCGUGAUAGACGACCAGAAACGUUUGAGGCAGGAAUUGAUAAAGGCGCACGUCUCGAAAAAAGGUUUGGAACGGGAAAAAGCAGAGCAGGAUUUCAUCGCGUUCACGCAGACGUUACCGCAUUACGGGGGCCAUUUUUAUACGGCCACUUGGAUCCUCAAGGACAAUACCGACAAGGAGGUGUGGCUUUACAUAAGCGCGCAGGGAGUCAACCUGUACGAACGCGGCAAAAACACUAGCAACUUCGGGCCGCAGCUCUAUGAAGCAUUCGAGUGGCGCGACAUUCAAACUCUUUGCUACAGCAAGCAUUACCUCUGCGUUUUGCCGCACAGCGGCGCUCGCCGCGCCGCCAAACUGAAGAAGUACAAACUAAAGAUGGACCACAAAAAGAGUUACUUCGCUUUCCGACUGGCCUCGCUCCACCAUCAGUUUUUUCUUAGGCUACGUACGGAAUACACUUCUCUGCAGACUUUAUCGCGACAGUUCGGCGUCCCGCUGAAAGACAUCAAAAACGAAACCAACUCCCUCUACAAGCUGGACGCCUUUACGAGGCCGCUUUACAGUCACGACUACGAAGGCAGCGUCAACGCGGAAACAGAGUUUCGGAUUCAGUUCCGUACGUCGUCGAAGCUGGGCAAGGCCUCGACGUCCGAUUUCCAUUACAAACGUUCCAAGAGCGUCCAGGAGCUCGCGCCAAACGAGUCCGUCAACGAGGAGUUUCAGAACAAGGAAAACGAAAAUCCCAGCCUCGUGUUGGACAGUUCGUGCCUGGCCGGGCUGAUGCCGGAAAAACGGCGCGGCGUCAAAAUGGGUACGAGGGCGAUCGCGAAUAUGGCGUCGAGGGUGUCGCGCAGCAUGGAAGCCGUCAAUUGCGAUUACCUGGAACAGAUGUCGCUACAGUCGGUGUCCUUGAACUGUAGUUCGACGUCGGCUUCGAAGAACUCGCUGGUCGAGUACGGGAACGGCACGGAAGCCGCUUACAUCUUGGAUUCCACCAUCAAAUCCUACCCCCACCAGUUGCUGCCUAACUUCCAAGAGAGCUUGAACGACACCCUGAUCGAGAAGUUCGACAACAUCUCCUGCGCGGAGGAGCGUUGCCUUACCGCCGUGGCUCUGGAAAGGGACGCCGCCGGUAGCUUGGGGCUCCAAAUCACCGAAGGCUCGGACGGGAACGUCUACGUGCAGUCGGUGAUAGGUGGAGGCCCCGCCCACGUGAGCGGUCGCGUCCUCAAGGGCGACCAGGUGGUCGCGGUUGACGGACAAUGCUUGCUGGGCAUGAAAUACACCGACGCUCUGGAUAUUUUGAAGGACACGGGACGCAGGGUGGAGUUUGUGCUGUCCAGAAUCGAUGACAGAAAGAGUAGGGCGGACAAACCGACGAUGGUCGAGAGUCCGGUGGAGAAACACCUCAUAGAGUCCUGUCACGACGUGGCUAACGCCAGUAAGCUGGCUGACGUGCCGUACUACUUGCGUACCAUAGUACCGCAGACCAGGGACAACGACAAGGCGAUCGUAGUCGACAUGAUACCCAAAAAAAACGUAGGCAUUGCCCGGGUAUGGUUGUCGAGAGAGCCGAAAGAGGACGCUAGCGGUAACCAAGGAGUGGCUCUGCCUAGGAGUCUGGGCCUCGGCAGAAAAUGGAAAGGUCCCGUAAGGUACCCGGUGACUCCGGUAAAACACGGCGCGGACAGCGACGGUUCGGACGACGAUCAGGUUUUCAUUUGAGACACCCGGUAAGUAGUUUUCGGUUUUAAAAAGUUUAACUAAAUGUGAUACUAGAAUAUCAAUAAAACGUUUUUUAAUAUACAGACCAAUGUAUACACUUUGAGCUUCCGUAGAUUAAAAAGUGAUCGGGUUUGAAUUUAUAUAUAUAUAUCAUUAUAAUGUAAUCUCGUUGUUGUAAAAAAUGGAGAUUGCGAAUCUCCUACUUUAAAAAAUCUUAACGUGCUAUGUAAUACAAACAUCAGUGUAUUGGUAAUAAUGUACAGAGUAAACUUCGGAAACUUAUCAGAAUCGUUGGAGCUUUUUUCUUCGAACAUUUAAUUUUUUUUAAUUCCACGAGUGUUGAGAUGUUCUUCAACUAACUACUUAAAUGUUGGGUAUUCUUUAUUAUAUUGUGUUUAAUAUCAUUUGUGGUAGUAUUGCUUAAAUAAAAGAACAUUUAAGACAAUGUUUUUUUUUCAAUGAUAUUAUUAUAUUAUAUGCUGUCCCGUUUUCUUUCUUUGUGUUUUGUUUUACUCUAACUAGAUAGAGAUAAAUAAAAUUUAAAUAGAAAAGUUUUUUACCUUUUACUUACAUCUUCUUAAAUGGGAAUCUUAAAAAAUUUGUUGAUGGGGUCGCAACAAUAUAUAUUACUUUUUUUUUAGUUGGCCAUGGAUGUUCACUAAUUUUAUAAUUUUAUAAUCGGUAUAUUAAAAACCAAGUUUACAACGAUAUUGAAUACAUCGACAAACUAAAACAAAUAACGACUAGAAAAAACAAACAAAAACUUAAUGACAACCCAGUAAUGGUCUCUAUAUUAUAUUAUAGAAAUUAACAUACAGGUGCUUAAUCACAACAGAUGCUCAAAUUAUCUAAUAUUGUGCUUCCAUCAGCCAUUUUUAACUGAACAAGUAGUAUUAUAAAUCCAACUAAUUUGUAUGUAACCUUUCAAAUUUUCAAAAAAAAAGUUAAGAAUUCUAUUUAGAUGUAACGCCGCACCAUCGAACCCAAGUUGUUGUUUCAGUUUAUCAAUGUUUUCAAUAUUGUUGUUACGUAGGUCUUUAAAGGGGAAUGUUUUUAGGUUUUUAAGUUAUUUAGAGGUUAUAUAUUGUUGCAACUGCACGAAAAAAUGCAUUUCUUGGAUUUACUCCGAUAAAUGUUAGUGUUAAUAAAUUAGAUUUAAACGUUCAAGUUCGCUACUGGAUUAUAUGUAAAGAUUUUUUACAUUUAAAGUUCUUUUUGUCUCCAUAAAUACCUCUAUUUUUAAAUAAAAUCUAAUUAGCACGUUUCUGCCAUUAAACAAAGUACUAAAAAAGAGAACGGGACACAAUAUCACCCUAUAUUAUCAACGAAAAAAACACACUGCACAAAUCAAAGUCAAAAAAGUCGGCACAUCUUUUUUCUGAAUUGGUUAGGGAGAACAAGUCCCCUACCACAGUUAACGAUUGUGAUAAGGUUUACUUUAAAAACUAAAAUAAAUGUAACAUCAAAAACUCCGCCGACAUCACAAAACUGUCAUUGUUAUGUAUUUAUAUAAGCUAGUAAAAAACUAGAUAGAUAGUAAGAUAUUUAUAUUUUUAACUUCACCAUAUCAAAAAUGGAUAUUAAAAAAUAAUACAUGUCGGUAGCCAUAGUAUAAAAUUCUCGUUACAUCUCGAUAUUAACGGUCGACCAUAACUAUAUUUAUUGUUGUAGACGUCAAAGAGGAUAUUUAUUCCGAGUCUUAUUUGUACAUGUAGUUAUAUUUAUUAAAAACAUAUCCCAUAAGGCUACCUAAUAUUUUUAGGAUGUAAUUAUGUUUAGUGAACGCUAUUUGUAGGGCCAAUAUAAAAGUGUGCCUAAGAAAUUACAGUCUGAUAAUAAUAUUAAUGUGACAUAUGUGUAUAAAGUAUAUUCAUUCUAAAAAUGUUACAUGAUAGGUAUAGGUGUUUUAUCCAUAUAUGAUUUUAUGCCGAUUUGGUGAUAAUAAUCUUCUUUUUCGUUAAAUAAGGAGAGUGUUUUUUAGAUCUUAACUAAACGCUUUCCGUGAUAAUGUUAGAUCUCGAAUAAAAUUAGAAUCAAA